AAUAAAUCGAGCAUAAAGGUGGAUUUUGGAAAAGGAGGGUGAAGGAUGUCGGAUUGGAUUUUUGCAAAAAAUCGAACAGUAUCGUUGCGCAAGAAAAAAAAGCGCAUAGGAGAAUGCAGAAGGAUGUUCUGCUCGAUUUUUGGCAUAUCCUUCGCCCCCUUUGUCUGUUACAUUUGACGCGUUGUUUGAUUUUUUCCUCCUGCAAUUCGUCUUUUGCCCCCCUCCUCUGAAAUCUUUUUGUUUGGCCACAAAAGAAAAAAAGACAUCCCUUGCUCAAUUUUUUUCUUGUGUGUCGCGACCAAAGUCCAUCCGAAAGAUAUUGCAUUCCCCUUCCCUCUCCAAUUUUCUGUCUCUGGGACCAUUAUAAAUAGAGACCCAAAAAUCCUCUUUUUCACUUCGCUCCUUUUUUCUUUUUUCUUCUUUCUUUCACACAUCUCAUUUUUCACACUUGAUUCCAUCACAUCCUUUUUCCCCCCACACAUAUAACAAUGGCUCGUACCAAGCAGACCGCCCGCAAGUCCACUGGAGGCAAGGCCCCCCGUAAGCAGCUGGCCACCAAGGCCGCGCGCAAGUCGGCGCCCUCUGCCGGUGUCACCGGCGGCGUCAAGAAGCCCCACCGUUACCGCCCCGGCACCGUCGCUCUGCGUGAGAUCCGUCGCUACCAGAAGUCCACUGAGCUGCUUAUCCGCAAGCUCCCCUUCCAGCGCCUCGUCCGCGAGAUUGCCCAGGAUUUCAAGACCGACCUCCGUUUCCAGUCCUCGGCUAUCGCUGCCCUGCAGGAGGCCGCUGAGGCUUACCUCGUUGGUCUGUUCGAGGACACCAACCUCGCUGCCAUCCACGGCCGCCGUGUCACCAUCCAGCCCAAGGAUCUGCAGCUGGCCCGUCGUCUCCGCGGCGAGCGCUCUUAAGCUGACCAAGGUGAAGGAGAGGAGUUAUAUUGAAAAUAUAUCUAUUUUUUUCUCGUAGCUUCUUUUGACCUCACAAACCAUUUUCCCUACUUGUAAUAAUACUAUUUGAAGCAAAUAAAUAAAAUA